AUGGAAUUCAAUACCGAUUCGUUCGGCGUCACCCGACCUCCCUCGGAAAGCUUGCCAGAAAGAGGUAAGUUGCUCAAAUUGGAAUCGGAAUUACAACCCAAUUUGGAACCGGAAUCGGAAUUACAACCCAAUCUGGAACCGGAAUCGGAAUUACAACCCAAUUUGGAACCGGAAUCGGAAUUACAACCCAAUUUGGGAUCUAAACCUCAACCGGAAUUGGAAUUACAACCCAAUUUGGAACCGGAAUCGGAUUUACAAUGUAAACCGAAACUGGAAUAUCUUUUGAGUGCCAAAUCAAUGAAAAAGCUUAAGAUGAGUGAUUUCUCUAUUAUGUAUGACGAUGAUCCCAAGCCUUUCCAGUUUAUGUGCCCACGUUUUGUGUAUAAGAAUAAGGCUCGGAUUAAACUAGAUGAGGAAAUUAAAGUCGCCAUGGAUGACUAUAGAGAACGCUCUCGCAACCUAAGUCCUUUCGAUGCUAUCUGCCGCCCAAAAGUAUUAAUGUCAGAAAAUUGUGGUGGUGGUCCACGACCCAUUCCUAUAACCGAACGUAUUCGUCUUAAAAUCACUCCCCUCUGCAAGCUUGCUCUAGACAAAUACAAUGCUGACAAGGAUACACAUUUUGUGUUUGCUGACAUUGUCAAGACUACUUGGCGCCCUGGUGCCAUGUAUUACAUUACCUUUUUAGCACAAGAUUCUUCCAACAACAACAACAACACUUCUCUUACAACUUUUCAGACCCAAGUCUCCAAUCCGAGGCCCGCGCCUGUGGUCUACUCGUGUGCCAUUAAAACCUAG